AUGUCUUAUCAGGAUUUCUUGAGCCACUACGAUGGCUGCGGGGUUGUUUUCUUUUCCGAGAAAUGGGCAGAGUCGCGAACAGCAAUUCAAACUUCCGAUGACGUCCUGAGUGCCGUUCUGGAGUUCGAAGUCGAGGCAGAGGCGGAUGCGUUCUUCACCCUGAUGCAGCGUGACACUCGAAUUAAGAAUGCGCCACCGUACAUCGAAUUAGCAUUUGCUGUCUAUGGCCCGCUCGACAGGCACGGACGCCCAGAGAGGGAGCUGCUGCGCAGCCACUGCUGGAGCGCAAGGGAACUUGUGGAGGAGAGACUCGGCGCAAACAAACUGAAGCCAGGGAAAUACUUGUUCGCUGUUUUCAAUCCGGACAAAGUGGGGCGCCGUGACAUCGCAGCCGUCAUCCAGCUGGACGAGAACGGCAAGGAACACAGGCACGACGUUAGUGCCACACAGAGGAGACUGGAUGUGUGCUGCUCUGCUGGGCCAGACCUCCCCUCGCAUCGUCGCCUGGAGGGAGCCGUUGUGAGAUGCAGUGCGAGCUCGGGCGUGGAGGUCAGUACUGAAGAGUGCCCGGACGCGCAGGACUUCUCGAGCUGCUCUGGGCUCUCGGUCGUCGACCCGCGGUCGGGAGGUCGCGGCGACAAGACAGUGAAGGUCGGGCUGUCGUCUGGCAUGAAGCUGGUGGCCGAGCUGGAGCCCGACCCGAACGCCGAGCAGUUCUCUUUCGGCUACAGGAUCUCGUACAAGGAGUCCUCCAGGCGGUGA